CCACUCUGUCACACACAGUGGAACUGAGGCUCCCUCCUUCCCUCUCCGUCUCUCUUUCUAAAGCCCUAGAUUGCAACGAUAACGUCUCUUCUAAUUUCAUAUGAGGAUCCAAAUUUAGUCCUAUAUCCCAUUCCAUCUCACACUCUCUACAGUACGAAUCCCACAAAUCAACUCACAAACACCCAGAAAUGGCCUACAUCUCUGCUUCAAAAUCCCCUUAUCUAAUUCAUAGACUUUCUUAUGAACUCUCCACAAUUUUAACUCCAUUUUCCUCCAAAUCUCUCCUUUACUUUUGCUCAUCAGCUUCGCCAGAGCCGCCAAACCCAGACCCGGAAAUCCCUAUUUCAGAAACACCAAUUUCAGCCCCAUCAAUCGGAUCGGAAAGCCUGAAUGAUGUUGCAACAGUGAAUCGAAGAUCCCCAAGAGGUAAGACUCAAAUCACAGAGAAAUUAGAGGAUACCAUAUGUAGAAUGAUGGCUAACCGAGCUUGGACCACUCGUUUGCAGAACUCUAUUAGGAAUAUGGUGCCUGAAUUUGAUAAUGAACUUGUUUAUAAUGUAUUGCAUAGUGCCAAGAACCCGGAGCACGCGCUCCAGUUCUUCCGCUGGGUUGAACGGUCUGGCUUGUUCCAACACAAUAGGGAGACCCAUUUCAAGAUAAUUGAGAUUUUGGGCCGAGCAUCGAAACUAAACCAUGCUAGGUGUAUACUAUUGGAUAUGCCAAAGAAGGGUGUGGAAUGGGAUGAAGAUUUGUGGGUUAUGCUGAUUGAUAGUUACGGCAAGGCGGGAAUUGUUCAAGAGAGUGUGAAGUUGUUUCAGAAAAUGGAGGAGUUGGGUGUUGAAAAGACGAUAAAAUCAUAUGAUAGCUUGUUUAAGGUGAUAUUGAGGAGGGGAAGGUAUAUGAUGGCGAAAAGAUAUUUUAAUAAGAUGUUGAGUGAGGGUAUUGUGCCUACUCGCCAUACAUAUAAUAUUAUGAUUUGGGGUUUCUUUCUAUCAUCGAAGGUUGAGACUGCUGAACGAUUUUUUGAGGAUAUGAAGAGUGGAGAUAUUUCACCUGAUGUGGUUACUUACAAUACAAUGAUUAAUGGGUAUUAUCGAGGGAAGAAAAUGGAGCAGGCAGAGAAGUUUUUUCUGGAGAUGAAGGCAAGGAAUGUAAAGCCGACGGUAAUUACUUAUACGACCAUGAUUAAAGGGUAUGUUUCAGUAGGGCUUGUUGGUGAUGCUUUGAGAUUAAUGGAAGAAAUGAAAAGUUUUGGCAUUAAACCAAAUGCGAUUACAUACUCGACCUUGUUGCCAGGGCUGUGUGAUGCAGAGAAGAUGUCUGAAGCACGAACUAUUUUGGAGGAGAUGGUGGAAAAAUACAUUGCUCCCAAGGAUAAUUCAAUCUUCAUAAGGCUGAUAUCUGGUCAGUGCAAAGCAGGUGAUCUGGAUGCAGCUGCAGAUGUGCUCAAGGCGAUGAUUAGGUUGAGUAUCCCAACAGAGGCUGGGCACUAUGGUGUCUUGAUUGAGAAUUUUUGCAAGGCUGGGGUGUGUGAUCGAGCUGUUAAAUUGUUGGAUAAGCUUAUUGAGAAGGAAAUUAUCUUUCGGCUACAGAGUACUUUAAAUAUGGAGCCAAGUGCUUAUAACCUGAUGAUUGAAUAUCUUUGCAGCAAUGGUCAGACAGAAAAAGCUGAAACCUUUUACCGACAAUUGAUGAAAAUGGGUGUCCAGGAUCCAGUUGCCUUCAAUUAUCUGAUCGGUGGGCAUUCAAAGGAAGGGACUCCUGAUUCAGCCAUGGAACUUGUGAAAAUAAUGGUAAGGAGAAAAGUUCCCUUCCAAGGAAGUGCUUUCAAAUCCCUCGUCCAGAGUUACUUGAAGAAAGGUGAGCCAGCUGAUGCUAAAACAGCUAUGGAUAGCAUGAUUGAAAAUGGGCAUCUUCCAGAUUCAUCAUUAUAUAGAGCAGUGAUGGAGAGUUUGUUUGAAGAGGGAAGGGUUCAAACGGCGAGCCGGGUGAUGAAUACUAUGGUAGAGAAGGGAGUGAAGGAGCACAUGGACUUGGUUGCUAAGAUUUUAGAGGCUCUCCUCAUGAGGGGUCAUGUUGACGAAGCACUUGGACGAAUUGAACUGUUGAUGCAUGCCGGAUGUGCACCUGAUUUUGAUAGUCUUUUGUCUGUUCUCUGUGAGAAAGGAAAGACUAUAGCUGCUCUAAAGCUAUUAGAUUUUGGUUUGGAGAGAGACAUUAACUUGGACUUUUCGAGCUAUGAUAAAGUGUUGGAUGCUCUCUUAGCAGCUGGAAAGACCCUUAAUGCAUAUUCAAUUUUAUGCAAAAUUAUGGAAAAAGGAGGGGUCACAGAUCAAAGCAGUUAUGAGGACUUGAUCAAGAGCCUUAAUGAGGAGGGGAACACAAAGCAAGCAGAUAUUCUUUCAAGGAUGAUCACGGGGAAGGAUAAGACCCUCGGUAGCAAGAAAGGGAAGAAACAGGCAUUUAUGGCUCCCCGACUUUCGUAGUUUUAUUUUCUGCAUUUCUAAAUGGGAAUGAGAGGUUUACUUUUUGUCAGAAUAAGUUUUGAGGAAUUCAGUGUAACGUGUUCUUGUUUUCCAUUUGAAUCUGGGGUUAAUCACAUUUAUGCAAUUUUUUUGUUUCUUGUCGAGCUAUUUACCACAAGAGAACAACACACUUGGUCAAAUGGGAGAAAGUUUUAAGUGAAUAUAGAUCAAAUUCUUGAGCAUUUCAAUGAUUUCCGGUCUUUCUGGCCUGUAUCUGGAGUUUUACUAUUAUUGAAUUACUUAUGCCUUGUAUGGUGUCUCUUGGGAG